AUGGCGAAAGCAGUUGUUGCUUCGGGUCGUCGCGUCUCCAUCCUGCUCAUACUGUUAAGUCUUCUGAGUUUGAUACGGGGAUUUGUGCCAAUCACGAUCCCUUCCACUGCCGCCGUACGUUCCGGACCGUCAUCGACCCAAUUGUACUUUUUUGGACAACCCAAGGAUGACGGCAGUCCUGGUGAUUACCUCUGCCCGGAUUGUGGCUACGUCUUCACCAAAGGCCCCAAGGCAUGGGCGGCUCUGCCGGACAGCUAUUCGUGUCCUCCCUGUGGUGCGCCCAAGCGUCGCUUUAAGAAAAUUCCCAAGGGAUCUUCUUCCGGGAAGGUGGAAGUCAAGAAAAGCUGGUUUUGA